CCUUCAGUCUUCCGGCUCACUCGAGGCUGCCUUAAUGUUCUUUUACUUGGGGCGGGGCUUGCUACCUAACUGCUUCCGGGCUGUUGGGUGACCUUGAGCCUUCCAGAGCGACAUGGCGCUUCUCUUAAAGCUGGGCGCCUUGUGCAGUGGCCAAGGAGGACGAGCUCUGUUACUCCGAAGCCGGGUGGUCAGACCUGCUUCUGUCUCAGCAUUUCUCCAGGACCAGCCUGCCCCAGGAUGGUGUGGCAGACAGCACAUUCACCUGUCACCAAGCCACUGUUCUGGUUCCAAGGCUGCAUCUCUCCAUUGGAGCAGUGAGAGGGUUGUCAGUGUUUUGCUCUUGGGCCUGAUUCCAGCUGGGUACUUGAACCCCUGCUCGGUGGUGGACUACUCUUUGGCCGCAGCCCUCACCCUGCACAGUCACUGGGGCCUUGGACAAGUGGUCACUGACUACGUUCAUGGGGACGCACUGCAGAAGGCUGCGAAGGUGGGCCUCUUGGCAGUCUCAGCUCUGACCUUUGCUGGGCUUUGCUACUUCAACUACCACGAUGUAGGCAUCUGCAGAGCAGUUGCCAUGUUGUGGAAACUCUGACCUCUCUGGUGCAGCCUUAGAUUAUAUGCCUCUUUGCCUCUGCUUUGUCGAUGCCAUUCAACUCACAAUGAGGAGGGAGUGGUGGAUACGUCCAUCGGUGGGCAGAAUCUCUUUCUUAUAAUUACGUGGCUAUUUUAAGAAUUUGUUUGUUGAGGAAAAGUUUUGAGAAGAGUUAGAUUCAAGUAGUCAUGAAUCUGAGUUCCAUAU